AUGAUUUGUAUACUUCGAAGACAUUCGAAUAUACGUAGUACUACUACUCACGUCCCGUAUACAGAAUCGCUAUUAACCCGUAGAAUCUAUGGCUCUAUGCUCUCAGAUCGUCUGUUAGGAGUUUUCGAGCUGGUUAUAAAGAAUGAAAUUGACGUGAUUUUCAAAUCUACUGGGGAAAGUAGAAGGGGAGCAGAAAAUAGAGCAAGUGGCAGAUAUGUUCACAUUGAGCGAAAGGGUAACCAGGAAUAUAGCGGGACAAGUGGUAUGGGUAUGGAAUGUCAGCUAGAAGAAGAUGAUAGAUGGAUCCCUAAAGCGACGGUUGGGAUGAGUUGA